AUCACCAUAUCAAUAUAGUACUUUGUGAGUGUGAUAUUUAGCGAUAUCCAAAGCGUAUUUACGCGAGCGCUUUACAAACUACCGGCUGAUCGCUUCUAGCUUGUCGGCACCGCGCGCAUUAGAUACUUCGGUUUCUAUCCAUUUCGCAUUAUUUAUUCUAUGUAGUACUAUAUUUGCUUCUUUGACCAUGAUAUCUUCCACGCUCUCGUUGUUAUUGAUAUCUGUGAGCAUUUUUAUCACUCGCGGAAAUUCUCAACCGAAAUGUUGCGGUGUUCAGGAAUAUAUCGUAGAAAAUAGUGGGAAUUUUUCGUGUAUGAAACCGAAAAGUACCAGACGGACCGUGAACGAAACUUUCACAGAACGUGAUUUUUUGAAGAAGAAUACUAGUGGAAGUUGUUUGGAAAGUUCUUAUAAAAAAAAUGUUAUUUUAUUGGAAGUGAACAACGGCAUUAUCAAAAAACAGAAGGAUUAUGGAACUUUAUUCUUUCCGAAAUGUUGCCCCUUGAAUCACAGCUACAAUAGGAAAACACAUGGGUGUCACAAAGACGCCAAUUUCCUGGAAUUAUUGAAGGCGGAUUCUUUCGUUUACAUAUCGCUCAAGAAUUGCAAGAUUAUAUCGGACGAAGUCUUCGAAUCGAUAGAUGAUGUGGAGAUGAAAGACCUACAAUUAUCAUUUUUGAAGAAAAAUAGAACCUUGAUGGAAGGAAGUUAUUGUUUAGAUUCUACUCUGGAUCGAAAAUUUGUUGUGAGAAUAUGCGAAGACAAAUAUGAAGGUAUGGCUGUUUGCAAUAAGAUAAGGUGCAUUCGUAAGUGCUGUGUUGAUGGGAAAAGUUUAGUAGAAGAUGUUUGUAAGUUCACAUUCAAAGGAAUUGAUCUUCAUUUCACCGAUACGAUAGACGGUCCUGAUGAUCCUUUUGCAGUGAUUACAGGAUUUGCUGAUGAAAUGAUGAGACAAAAAAGUACAUCACACUUUUCCCUGGAUAAAUUUGGAACUUUUUCACUAGAAAAUGGAAGUUCUGUAACCAAAUAUAACGUUACUAAUCGAAGCUAUUGUAUCGAACAUGUUCUCAAUAACAAUGAACUUGAGAUCAAUGGUUUCCAUUUAUAUACAUCGAAGGUAGAAGAAAAUGAAGUAGAAACAUUUCAUAGCCGAUGGAUGAAACUUGUAUCCUGUAUAUUUCUCUCUUUGACAAUAGUGAUAUAUCUUAUAUUACCAACCAUGAGGAAUUUAUUUGGGAAAAUUCUACUGAACUACUGUGUAUCUACAUUGAUACUUUUUGCUUGCUUGACGAUCGUUCAAUUUUUUUUCGGGCACAAUUCUCCUGUAAUGUGCAAAAUUGUUGGUUUUAUUUCAAUUCUGUCAUGUAUGUGGAGUUUCACUUGGUUAAACAUAAUGUGUUUUGAUAUCUGGUAUUCUUUUGGAACCCCAAGGACAAUGUUUGGACCACUAAGAAAUGAAGGGAAACGUUUACUGCGAUAUAGUUAUUAUGGUUGGGGUUUUCCCAUAAUUUGGGUUCUAAUAAUAGGAAUAUGUAGUGCGACAACUGUAAUGCCUGAAGGAAUGCAUCCUUACAUUGGAGAAAAAAAAUGUUUGCUGGAAAAUUCUAAUACACGACCAGGGAAUUAUUCCUUCAUUAUAUUUUACACUGUACCUCUACUCAUACAACAAAUAGCCAACAUCGUAUUUUUCAUCAAAACUGUUUCAUAUUGUUUGAAGAUUAAAAUAGAAAUUGGAAAAAUGAAUGACUGCGAAAAAAAGACAGCUUUACAUACAGGCAAAGACAGAUUGUCUUUGAUAAUUAAACUAGCUGUUAUAAUGGGUAUAACAUUCCUUUCUGAAGCAAUCCUGUCUCUUUAUGAUUUUACAAAACACGGUGUUACUACGUAUAUAGCGACUAUUUUUGAAUGGAUCGUCUGUUCUCAAGGUAUAUUUAUAUUCAUCAUUUUCAUUUGCAAGAAGAAGGUUUACUACGAUGUAUGCAUAAAACUUCGGAUAAUGAAGGCCAGGAAAGUUUCAGUAACAUCAAAUAUUUCUACUAACGUCAGUUUGUAUACCUUCGAAGCAGAGAAGAGUACAAAAUAACGCGCUGCUUGGAACGAUUCCUAUAAUUCUUAACUACCAUCGCAUGUAAAUACAGUAAAACACUUUAAUGUUUAUAAAAAUACACACAUAAACACCUA